AUGUCCACCGGCCACCUAUUUCUGAAGCCUCCAAUUGGUGAACAGAAAAGAGUCUCUGAGGAUUCUAAAGCGAGCAUCGACCAACAAAACGGCAAGCCCAAGAAGGAGAGAGGAAAGGAAAAAAAGAAUGGCAGAGGCGGCAAUGAGUUCAGAAUUGCUAAGAAUACAAUAAAGGGGAGUAAAUCGGACAGGGUAGGAAUUUUUGGGUUUGGCAACACCCACAUGUGUAAAAAAAGCCAUGGCAAAGAAGAACAAGUUGAGUCCAGCGAAGAAACCGACUCGGCGUCCAGCAGCGAAGAAGACGAAGAAGCAGUGAACUGA